AUGUCCGCCUCCUCACAACCCUCCGCCUUUCCUCCCGUCGCCGUCUCCUCCACCCUCCCACACCAGAGUCUCCGUUUGCUCGAGCUGCCGGCCGAACUGCUCGACGUGGUCGAGGCGCAGAUCAAGAAUCCCAGCAAGAGGCGAAAACUGUGGUUCAAAUCUUCGGCCGCGGCCAAGGGACAGCACCACCACCACCAGCAGCGACCAUUUGGCUCCAGUUCUCUGACUACUCCCGUCGCCGCCGAAGAGGGCGGGGGAAGAGGAGGAGACUUUCUCCACCUCUGCACCGACGACAAGAUCUGGGCUGUCAAGCAGGUCAGCACGAGUAACAGCGUCUAUGUCACCCAGACGUGUCACCAGCCUCGUGCGACACAGAACCAGCAGGGCGUUGGUGAGGAUGGAGGUGCACCGCCGUCUGGCGGUGGUCAUGCAGAAGAACAAGUGGAUGAGAUUGGGUUAGCCGUGGCUGCUGGGAGCAGAGGUGGGAUCACGACAAAAGCGCAGGUGAAGAAUGUCCUCGAGCUGAUCGAGGUCGAAUCGGACGAGCGAGCGGUUCACAAAAAGGUCCACGAUAUGGUUCCCGUAUAUCAUGACGAGGGGGAGGAUGAUCACCGUCACGUCCUUGACCGAGACCCGCGCGAAGCGGUGUCGAUGAGGGACGUCCUCGACAACAUUGCCGCACCAACGAGGAUGGUGCGUGAUGUGAUGAGGAAGUCGUUCAUCUUUGGGCUCUCCCAGACGACCACGUCGCGGAAGGGGGCCGUGGGACACGAGGAACGGGUAUAUUUGGCCUCUCCCUCCCUGCUGCUACGGCACUGGAAGGAGUUCUUGCAGCAAUGCACCAUCUCGGGGAUCGACCUCGCGAAGAACAACGACAACGUUCUGGCCGGGGCUGACCUCCACGCUGUGCUCAACGGACUAGCCGCUGAAGCAGCAGCAGCAGAAGAGACAGAAGAAGCGGGACGGCGCUGCUCCUCCCUGGCUCGGAAUGUCACGAUGGCCAUCGUACGUCGAUUUACAGACGUGCCCGAUAUGGACCUGGACCUGGACUGGGACCAGGACUUGAGCCUCUUCGCCGACUCGAUCGGCAGUGCACGACUGAAAUUCAACCCCAACCUUACGCGAGACAUGGUCGGACGCUGGCUCCUCCUGUCCCAUCACGCCCGGCGAAAGUCAUCACCGCUUUCCACAGGAGCAGCCUCCUCCUCCUCCUCCUCCCGGCGCGAGUCGGAUCACGGGACCAUGCGCGUCGACGACUUCACGACCGAGUGGACACAGCUGCUCCCGGAUUCCUGGGCCGUCGAGUGUAGCAACAAUGUCGCCAGCCUGAUCUCGUCCGUUGUUGACCUGAACGUGGACUUGACCAGGGAUCGCGAGGGCGUGGCGGUCUUGAGGUUCGUUGCGUCGAGCCACGGAGCCGAAGAAGCUUCUCAUGCUCCGUCUCAUUCAUCCGCCGCCGCCGCCGCUGCUGCUUCGAGCAUGGGGGUCCCUGGCCUCGCAAAGGACGCGCAGAGCGAGAACCAGAAAAAGCGAAAGUGGCACGAGAAAUUCGGCGCGCAGAGGUCUGCGCCCGCUGUGAGGAAGUGA